CGUCAGUGUUAGUCGUCGGUCGUCGCACUGCCAUACGUCAGUUUGGUUUUCGAUUCUGUUGAGCGGCAUUCUUCGUCGCCAACGUCGCGUUAUCCACACGAUAUCACCGCGCACCGCCGAGAGUAUUUCCGCAAAUCACCUAAAUUUGUAAUCGGUAGACUCUGUCCGUGAGUGCGCGCGCGCCCUGUGUUUCACUGCGAGUAAGUCUAUUGCGUGUUUGCCGUGACUUAGCGACUGUAAGGUACACAUCUCAUCGGGUUUCUCGUCAUAGAAUCCCACCAUCCCUGUCGAUCGCCGUUGUCAGGGUCAGUGCGUGGCCCCCUGUUGUGUCAUAUUUCGUGGUACGCCAACACUUGCAAACACGGCUCUCCGAACGCGCGCCUCGCGGCUGUUGACAACAUGCCAUCGUGUUAGGUCCGACGACAGCGGAUGUAACAUGAACGACAUUGAAACGAUCGCGGCCUCGGUGUUCUACUCCGCUAGGGACGGACGGUUAAAACGAUUGCAGUUGCUGUUGGAAGGCAAAUCAGCGAUGGAAAAUGCCAAACUGUUGAAAACCACAACAACUGGCGCUACGCCAUUGCUGAUGGCCUGUAGACACGGCCACUACGAUAUAGCCUUGUACUUAAUCAAAAGACACAAAGUCGAUAUUGAACAAACAGGAUCAGUUAUGUUUGACGGUGAAACAAUAGAGGGAGCGCCACCGCUAUGGUGUGCGGCCGCUGCUGGACACCUGAACAUAGUAAAACUGUUGAUACGAGAAGACGCCGUAGUGAAUUCAACAACCAAAACGAAUUCGACGCCGUUACGUGCUGCGUGUUUCGAUGGACACUACGAAAUCGUCAAAUAUUUAGUCGAACAUGGUGCAGAUAUCGAAGUAUCCAACCGUCACGGUCACACGUGCUUGAUGAUUGCUUGCUAUAAAGGUCACUACAAAAUCGCCAACUUCCUGUUGGCUCUAAAAGCUGAUAUCAACAAAAAGAGCGUAAAAGGUAACACUGCGUUGCACGAUUGCGCUGAGUCAGGUAGUUUAGACAUAUUCAAAAUGCUCAUUCUCAACGGAGCCAAAAUGGAAGUGGACUCUUACGGGAUGACACCUCUGUUGGCCGCGUGCGUCACCGGUCACGCUGACAUCGUUGACUACCUAGUUAAAAGUAACAACUUGGUAUCGCGCAAAGAGAAGAUCGAAGCCUUAGAACUGCUUGGCGCCACAUACAUUGACAAAAGAAGAGACUUGAUUGGUGGUUUCGAUCUGUGGAAACAGGCCAUGGAUCUGAGGUUCAAUGUGGACGACGAACAAGACAUACCGAAACCUGACAACGCACUGCCGAUUGAAGCGUAUGAAUGGGCGCAAGAAGUGAAAAACCACGAGGAACUUAAUGAACUGUUGUCUGAACCUGACGAGAUGAGGAUGCAGGCUUUGUUAGUGAGAGAACGGAUUCUUGGUCCUACUCAUCCGGAUACCAGUUACUAUGUGCGCUAUCGAGGCGCUGUGUACGCUGAUGCCGGCAAAUUUACUCGGUGCAUAUCUCUGUGGAACCAUGCCUUAGAUAUCCAAAGAGGUUCUCUUGAGUCUUGCCACCAGAUGACUGUCUCUUCAUUCUUCUCCUUUGCUGAACUCUUCUCUUUCAUGUCUGAUGCAUGCGCUACCAAUGAAAACAACGGGUACAGACAAGUGCCAGCUCUAUUGACUUUCGAGGACAUCAUUCAAGUCCUGAUCAAAGCUGUUAACGAAUUAUGUGAACCUAAAGUGCUGCCAUCGUCAUUAGAUUUAUCUCCUAGAUUAUUGCUCAUUUCAUUGGAUCUCUUUAAUAUGGCACUCAAAUUGAUCAGGAAUGAUGAACAUUCUCACCUGACUCAUCGCCUACUGUAUCGUUUGAACAAGUGCAAAGUUGUCGGACAUCUCGGUCAGACUGCUCUUCAUUUGGCAAGUGCGCGUAAAACUGCUCUGGCAACAUCACGGCAUCCCCAAUCUAUCAGUUCUGAAGAUGCGUCUAUGUUGCUGAGAGCAUUGCUCAAAAUUGGCGCCGAUCCCAACGCCCGCGAUGAUGAGGGCAAUACACCACUUCAUUUAGUGUCUCCCAAAGAUAUGACAACAAUCAAACUGCUUUUGGGUGGUGGAGCUCAUUACGAUGCUGUCAACAUGGCCGGUCGCACGUUCUGUGACAUGCGCAAAGCCACUCCGCAUAAUCCGCUGUGCCACACAUCUUUGGCUUGUCAUGCUGCGCGCGCCAUACGCAAAAACCGUAUACCAUUCGAGGGAAAUAUACCAGUCACGUUGUACGAAUUUGUAGAAAAACACUAGUUAAAUAGACAUUAGAAGACAUACAUGUAUAAUGAUGGUUUGAUGUUUCUGUAAUUUAUUGUAUGCACGUAAAAAGAAAAAAAUAAUAAUUAUUUUAUCUAAUAAAUCGUUUAUAAACUUAUA